AUGGAUUCUGCAAUCGAGAAACUGCUCGACACAGUCGUCGAUGGGCGCGCUGAGGUCAUUCGCUUCCGCCAGGAUAACCUCAUCAGCCUCCACGACGCGCUGCGCAAGGAGUCGGCGGCCCUGAUCGCGGCUCAGGAGAAGGAUACCGGUGCCUCGAAAACGGAGAUCGAGGCCGAACACUUCCUAACGCUCGAAGCCAUUCGACACUUUUACGAGUCGCUAGACUUUGCAAAGGAGCUCGAGACGGAGUAUCUCGUAGCUCACGGUAGGGACAACCCAGGCAGGAGAACUGGUGCUGGCCUGGUGAUUAUCAGGCCGACCACUUACACCAGACUGUUCUCCAUCCUGAGUCCUCUUGCUGCAGCCAUCGCUGCUGGUUCUGUUGUGGCCCUCGAGCUCGAGGACACUCUUUUGCAUCUGGACACCGUCCUUCGUGCCGUGCUCCCACGCGCCCUCAACCAAAAUGCCUUCUGCAUCACCAAAGAGAUCAAAGAUGCAUCCCUUCUCGAACAGGCCAUUCUUGUAGACCAGACCAACACCUGCCCCCUCCCGGCAGCCCGCGCACACAACCUCGUCUCGGCCAACGCCGCCCGCACCGUCGCCAUCGUUGACCGCACGGCCGAUGUCGAGGCCGCCGCCAAGGCCAUCACGACGGCGCGCUUUGGCUUUGGCGGCCAGUCUCCCUAUGCUCCGGACCUGGUCAUCGUCAACGAGUACGUUAAGAGGGACUUCUUCGAGGCGUGCUCCAAGCAUGCUACGCUCGCGUUCGCGCGUGAGGCCUCCACCAGACGCGCCAGCGACAACUCGAGCGACAAGACGAGGAGUGCUGUGCAGGAGGCCGAGGAUAGGAGGUUGGUUUCGAGCUUUGGUUCCAAGGACUUUAAACUGGUUGAUAUCAAGGACAAGAACGCUUCUCUGCUGAACAUCAAGAUCAGCGGCCGCUUCUUGCCCAUUGCAACGUCCUCGGGACUUGUGGACUCCAUUUACACCCGGGAGUUCGAAAAUCCGCUACUGGCCGUUUACCUCUUCGCCAGCCCUGAGGCGGCGAAGUACCUCUCCCAACACCUGCCCGCACACAUCUCCCUAAUCAACCAGAUCCCCUCCAACCUUCUGCUCGGGCCCGCGGCGCCAACCCAGCACAAUUCGGCCUUUGAGUUCCGCUACAGCAAAGAAAUGUUCUCUGUCGCCCGGCCGCAGUUCGUCGAGCGGCCCACCGGUGCGCUCGCGAAAGUCGAGCAGCUUCUCGCUGGCCCCGGCUCCGGUGGCGUCACCGUACACAGCCUUCACACGCUGGCCCUCACACCACUGGGGCCGACGAAGCAACCCGGGAACAGCAGGUUGGGAUUCUUCGAACAGGGAUUUGUGUUGGGUGCUAGUCUGAUUAUGAGCGUCGUGCUACCAAGCCUCGCCUACGGGACCUGGAUCGGCGGACGGAGAGUGAUUGAUUACGUGCUUAAGAUCAGGGGUUGA